AUGGCGACGGAAAACAGAGAAGUCGAACUGGGAAUCCAGAGCCCGUCAGCAGAUGAUGCACCUAACGGUGCAGCAGAUGAGAGACCUCUGACUGCGGAAAAAGAGCCUGGCCCCCCCGACCCAGAGAAUGAUCCGGGGCCCCCAGACCCGGAGAAAGAACCUGACCCGCCCAACCCGAGGAAAGAUGCUGAAGCCCCUGCCUCAGAGACGGGGGAUGGUGCCCCAGUCCAGGCCUCAAUUAGUAGCCAGGGCCCCGAGGAACAGGGGGACCUGGGUGGGGGGCCCAUGGAGGGCAGCGCUGGGCCAGAGGCGACCCUGCCCCAGGCAACUGCGACCACCGCGGCCAGUGCCAAGAAGCCCGUGGGUGAGCAGGGGGCCUCCAGCAGCCAAGUCCCUGGAGAGCCCCAGGUGGCCAAGAAGGCAGCGGAAGGCCUGGCCACGGCCCGGAGGGGCUCGCCCGCCUUCCUGCACAGCCCCAGCUGUCCCGCAGUCAUCUCCAGCUCCGAGAAGCUGCUGACUGAGAAGCCCCCAAGUGAAGCACUGGACCUCGUCUUUGAAGGGGUGCCUGUGACGCCCGGCCCUGCAGACCCAGGGCCAGCCACAGUGGCAGAGGGAGAGAAGACAUCCCUGGAAGAGAGUCAGAAGGAAGCAGGAGAGAAAGCCCCAGGCGAGGCUGACCAGGCUAAGGUGCAAGGGGACACCUCAAGUGGGAUCAAGUUGCAGGCUGUUGCCUCAGAGCGAUCCACAGCCAGGGAGGAGGACUGCUUCCAGAUUUUGGACGAUUGCCCGCCCCCUCCUGCCCCCUUCCCCCACCGCAUUGUGCAGCUGAGGACCGGAAAUGUCAACAGUGAAUUCAGCAUCAACUCCAAGGAGGCGCUGGGAGGCGGCAAGUUUGGAGCGGUGUGCACCUGCACAGAGAAAUCCACCGGCCUCAAGCUGGCAGCCAAAGUCAUCAAGAAACAGAGCCCCAAAGACAAGGAGAUGGUGAUGCUUGAGAUUGAAGUCAUGAACCAGCUGAACCACCGCAACCUGAUCCAGCUCUAUGCGGCCAUCGAGACCUCACGUGAGAUCGUCCUGUUCAUGGAGUACAUUGAGGGCGGCGAGCUCUUCGAGAGGAUUGUGGACGAGGAUUAUCAUCUGACCGAGGUGGACACCAUGGUGUUUGUCAGGCAGAUCUGCGACGGGAUCCUCUUCAUGCACAAGAUGAGAGUUCUGCACCUGGAUCUCAAGCCAGAGAACAUCCUGUGUGUCAACACCACCGGCCACCUGGUGAAGAUCAUCGACUUCGGUCUGGCACGGAGGUACAAGCCCAACGAGAAGCUGAAGGUGAAUUUUGGCACCCCAGAGUUCUUGUCACCUGAGGUGGUGAAUUACGACCAAAUCUCCGAUAAGACAGACAUGUGGAGUAUGGGGGUCAUCACCUACAUGCUGCUGAGCGGCCUCUCCCCUUUCCUGGGAGAUGAUGACACAGAGACCCUGAACAAUGUUCUGUCUGGCAACUGGUACUUUGAUGAGGAGACCUUCGAGGCCGUGUCGGAGGAGGCCAAAGACUUUGUGUCCAACCUCAUUGUCAAGGACCAGAGGGCCCGGAUGAGCGCUGCCCAGUGUCUUGACCACCCCUGGCUCAACAACCUGGCAGAGAAAGCAAAGCGCUGUAACCGACGCCUCAAGUCCCAGAUCUUGCUUAAGAAAUACCUCAUGAAGAGGCGCUGGAAGAAAAACUUCAUUGCCGUCAGCGCUGCCAACCGCUUCAAGAAGAUUAGCAGCUCAGGAGCACUGAUGGCUCUGGGGGUCUGA